AUGAAAUUAGUUGAAGAGAAAGUUUAUGCAUUGGUCAGAAUAAAUGAUCUAUCAAGUAUAUCUGGUUCUGAUUCAGAAAAAGAAGACACCCUGGAUACUUAUGCUAUUGCCCAAGGAAAAAUAUUUCUUCAAAAUGACAAAAGAGAAGUGUUUUCCAUGUACCGUUGUCUGCUAUUUGAUAGGAAAGAGGAAGUAUCUGAUGAAAUCCUAAUAACUCGUUUAAAGGAAUGUUGUGUGACUAACAAACAGUGGACUAUACUGAUGUUAGGUGGUGGUCAUUUUGCUGGCGCAGUAUUUCGAAAUGGCGAACCAAUUUUGCACAAAACAUUCCACUGCUACACUGUAAGAGCUGGACAAGGAGGAUCUCAAUCUGCCAGAGAUGGAAAAUCAGGUGGGGCACAACCCAAAAGUGCUGGAGCUUCGCUCAGGAGAUAUAAUGAACAGUCUUUAGUACAACAUGUGAAAUCGAUUGUGGAAACCUGGAAAUCAGAGAUAGAGGAAAGCUCUCUGGUCAUAUACCGUGCCUCUGGACCAUACAACAGAACAGUUUUAUUUGGAGGAACAUCUCCAUUAUUGGACAGAAAUAACAAAAAACUUAGAACAAUACCAUUUUCCACUAGAAGAGCUACAUUCACCGAAGUUAAAAGAGUUUAUAAUUUGCUUUCAACUGCCGCACUUUAUGGUAAAGAUAUAUUUAUUAACUUUACAUUUUCCAAACAGAAAUCUCCUGAAGAAGAUUCAAAAAGAAACAAAGUGCGUUCAUCAUGUGUGAACAGGGCAAAAUCACGAGAAACCGUAGAAAGACCACUUCCUACACCCCUGUCAAGUGAUAGCAACUCAGAACCAGAAUUGAAUGAAAUCGAUGCAAUAAAUGAGAAUUUUAACACCAUAGAAUUGAGUUCAAAGGAAACGGAAAUAUCUUUCGCUAACUUGCAGGAAUUUGAUGAUAGCUUAACACCUGAACAAAGAAAAAGGCCCAAGAAGAAGCCAAGAAAAAGUAAAACUAAAAAACUCAGAGAACAAGAAGAAGCUAGGAAAAAGGAGUUGUGUGAUAUACUAUUUAGAGGUGAUUUAACCAAAUUGAAACAUCUAAUAGAAGAACAAUCAAAUUGUACAAUUUCUGAAGAGAGUGGAACCGAAAAGGACGCUUUUGUGAACAAAGUAAUUGAUGAAAAUUCCAAUACUUUGCUACAUGUGGCGGCUCUAAACGAGCAUGUUGAUAUUGUUGGAUAUUUAUUGGAAAAUAAUGCAAAUCCUUGUUUGAAAAACAAAAAUCAACAAACCGCCUACACUUGUACUCAGAGCAAGGAUAUUAGAAAUUUUCUAAAGGAAUUUGCCAAGAUGAAUCCUGACAAAUUCAAUUAUAAUAAGGCUAACAUUCCCACUAACUCAUUGACCAACGAGGAAAUCACAGAGAAGAAAAAGGCACAAAGGAAAUCAAAAAAGGAAAAAGAGAAAGUGAAAAAAAAGGAGAGUGAAAUCAAGAAAAAGGAAGAGGAAGAAAAGGACAGGUUUCUGAAACUGAGUGAUAGAGAAAAAAGAGCAUUGGCAGCUGAAAGAAGAAUCUUGAGUCAGUCAGGAACUGUUACAAAGCGAUGCUUUUUGUGUGCAGAAGAUAUAGCUGGAAAAAUACCGUUUGAAUACAUGGGAAACUUGUUUUGUUCUAUAGAGUGCUUGAAAGCUCACAGAAUGCAACAUCCAUUAAUUUUAUCCUGAAUUAGCUUGUUGGAAUGUAUUCAGUAGGUAAUGUAAUGUGAAGCUUGGAAGAAAUUAUAACUCAUGUGUUUUUUU